UAGAACAUCCCAAGUUAAAAAAAUUAUUAGUCUAGUAAGGGAAAUGUUUAGUAAUCAACCAUCCUAGUUAGUAUGCGUCUGAUAUAGUCAUCACCUCAAGUGUGUUUCUGGUAAGACAAAUUUGGGUGUUUCAUAUUAUUUUGUUGUCGUGAUUCCUUGAUAGUUCACAUUGGGUGUUUUAUUGUGAUGGUGUGUGUCCAGACCCAAAAAAACAUAACUUAAAAUUGCGUAAAACAUUUGGAGGCCCAAAUUGGGAAAAGAAAAUUGUGAUAGGUAAUGUUUUAGUAAUGCUUUGACCAAAAAGAAAAGCCAUGCUUUGAUCUGGAUUAUUUUCUUAGCACAGAUACCUAUUGGGAAAAGUGGGCCAAGUUAUGCAAAGUGUUUAAAAGGGGGUGGAUGGGAAGCUUCCGUGGAAAGUGAAAAGGAGAAUGACAGAGAGUAUGAAAAGUAAGUAAAAAUUGGAAAAGGAUAAAGACGACGGUGUAUGGUAAAUUAUUACAAUAAUUUAGAUGCAAAGCUCAAUUUUUAUUAAUGAAAAAAGAGAGAGAAACGCGAAAUCUAGUAAGCAACAGUUGGCAUUCGCGGGGACCACAGUCGCCUAAACCACGUUUUCGUAUUUUUGGUGGUUACCUAUCCGAUUCAAUUACAGCCCUUUUUUCUUUGUUUUUUGGGUUCCCAUUUUUUAUUCUCCACUCCAUGUGGGCCCUUUCCUUCUUUUAUAUUCUAAUUUAAAUUUAAUUUAAAAUGAAAAAAAGAAGGGCAUAACUGCCACCACAUGAGGUUGGCGUAGUUAUUAUCUUGUUUGAUUUUGCAUUGUCUUUGGUACAAAUACUCUGUCACACAGAACCGCAACGCCAUAUUUUUGGUCCAAUGGCUCAUCCCAAAUUAAAACCGAAAACCCUACUCUCUCUCUCUAACUUAUUACUCUGUUUCUCUCUCCUCUCCCCUGCCAUUGCCGACGAUGGCGCCUUCAUGUCCAAGCUCGCCAAAGCGCUCAGCCCAACGCCGUCGGGGUGGUCGGGGACUGCGUUCUGCGAUUGGACCGGCGUUAAGUGCGACACCAAUCGCGUUACUGCAAUCAACAUUGCUUCAAAGUCACUCACCGGAACACUCCCUUCGGAUCUCAACUCACUGUCCCAGCUCUCCACACUCUCGCUCCAGAACAACGCGCUCGCCGGCGCGUUACCUUCCUUCGCGAACCUUACCAUGCUUCAAACCGUGUUUCUCGACGGCAACAACUUCACCUCCGUUCCCGCUGGUUGCUUCCAGGGACUCACCAGCUUGCAGAUCCUCAGCAUGACCGAUAGCAUCAAACUCGCUCCCUGGACGAUUCCCACCGAGUUGACUCAGUCGUCGAACCUUGCCAAACUUGACCUCGGCAACACUAACCUCGUCGGUUCUCUGCCCGACAUGUUCGGUUCGCUCGUAAGUUUGCAGGAACUUCGUCUCUCUUACAACAACCUCACUGGUGGUUUGCCUAAGUCAUUUGCAGGAUCUGGGAUUCAGAAUCUGUGGCUCAACAAUCAGGAAGAUGGGUUCGGGUUUUCGGGUUCCAUCGAGGUGCUUUCUUCCAUGCAGCAUUUGUCUCAGGUGUGGCUUCAGAAGAACCAGUUCACGGGUCCCAUUCCUGAUUUGUCAAAUUGUACUGGUUUGUUUGAUCUUCAGCUUAGGGAUAACCAGUUAACCGGUGUGGUUCCUCCUUCUUUGACGUCUCUGAGUAGCUUGCAGAACGUUUCUUUGGACAACAACUUGCUUCAGGGUCCUGUUCCUUCCUUUGGGAAAGGUGUGCAGGUCACUCUCAAAGGGAUCAAUAGCUUCUGUCAGAGCAAUGCUGGGCCUUGCGAUUCGCGGGUUACUACUUUGCUUGACAUUGCUGCGGAUUUUGGGUAUCCCAUUCAGUUGGCGCGUUCAUGGGGAGGGAAUGAUCCUUGUCAAGAUUGGAGCUUCGUUGUGUGUGCUGCGGGGAAGAUUAUUACUGUGAAUUUGGCGAAACAGAAUUUGACGGGAACUAUAUCACCUGCAUUUGCCAAUUUAACUGAUUUGAGGAACUUGUAUCUUGAUCAUAAUAAUUUGGUUGGUUCUAUACCAGGGAGCUUGACAAGUUUGCCUCAGCUUGAGGUUUUUGACGUGUCUGAUAACAACCUUUCUGGAGAGGUUCCCAAGUUCUCUACCAAGGUGAAGUUCAAUGCUUCAGGUAAUGGUCUGCUUGGGCAUUCUGGAGGUGGUGGCGGCGGCAGUGGAACUACUCCGUCCACGGGUCCUGGUGGUGAACCGAGUGGAAAUACAAAUGGAAAUUCAAGUGGUUCUUCGCUAUCCCCUGCUUGGAUUGCAGGUAUAGCCAUUAUUGCUGUGUUUUUUGUUGCAGUGGUGCUGUUUGUCUUUUGCAAGUGUUAUGCCAAAAACCGGCAUGGGAAAUUUGGAAGGGUUAAUAAUCCUGAAAAUGGGAAAGGAGAAGUUAAAAUUGAUAUGAUGAGCGUUGCCAAUUCCAAUGGAUAUGGUGGUAUUCCCAGCGAGUUGCAAAGCCAGGGCAGUGAGCGUAGUGACCUGCAUGUUUUUGAGGGUGGAAAUGCUACAAUUUCGAUCCAAGUACUUCGGCAAGUGACAAAUAAUUUCAGUGAAGAUAACAUUUUGGGUAGGGGAGGAUUUGGAGUUGUUUAUAAAGGGGAAUUGCAUGAUGGAACUAAAAUUGCUGUGAAGAGGAUGGAAUCUGUUGCAAUGGGAAGUAAGGGAAUGAAUGAGUUCCAAGCAGAGAUUGCAGUUCUAAGUAAAGUUAGGCAUAGGCAUUUGGUGGCUCUUUUAGGAUAUUGCAUUAACGGCAACGAAAGGCUUUUGGUGUACGAGCAUAUGCCGCAAGGAACAUUAACACAACAUCUGUUUGAUUGGCGUGAAAAUGGAUGUGCUUCUUUGACUUGGAAACAAAGGGUAGCAAUAGCUUUGGAUGUAGCACGGGGAGUAGAAUAUUUGCACAGCUUAGCUCAGCAAAGCUUCAUUCACAGGGACUUAAAACCCUCAAACAUAUUAUUGGGUGAUGACAUGAGAGCGAAGGUUGCAGAUUUUGGGUUGGUUAAGAAUGCACCAGAUGGGAAGUACUCUGUCGAGACACGACUGGCUGGAACAUUUGGAUAUCUGGCACCUGAAUAUGCAGCUACUGGAAGAGUGACAACCAAAGUUGAUGUGUACGCAUUUGGAGUAGUUCUGAUGGAACUGAUUACCGGUAGGAGGGCAUUGGACGACACUGUGCCUGAUGAAAGGUCUCACUUGGUUUCAUGGUUCCGUAGGGUACUGAUUAACAAGGAGAACAUCCCAAAGGCAAUUGAUCAAACUCUAAACCCCGAUGAGGAAACCAUGGAGAGCAUAUAUAAAGUGGCUGAGCUUGCAGGCCAUUGCACUGCUCGUGAACCUUACCAAAGGCCAGAUAUGGGGCAUGCCGUGAAUGUCUUAGUUCCUAUGGUAGAGCAAUGGAAACCUACUAGCCAUGAAGAAGAAGAAGCUUAUGGCAUUGACCUUCACAUGAGUCUUCCUCAAGCUCUGCGAAGAUGGCAAGCCAAUGAAGGCACUUCCACAAUGUUUAAUGACAUGUCCUUCUCACAGACCCAAUCAAGCAUUCCAGCAAAACCUUCAGGAUUUGCAGAUUCCUUUGAUUCAAUGGACUGCCGAUAACAAAAAUGAUAAACGGGACAACAUCCAAUUGCUUCUCAGUUAGGAGGACUGUAUGAAAAUGCUAUUCAGCUGUUUUGAUCUAGCAGCAUCACCAAAUUGUAUCACAAAAUUUAAUUAAUUUAUUUUUUAAAUGUCGAGUUUUGAAGUUCUCGCAAUCUCCUUUUGUACAAGUCAUCCUUUCUUGAUUCUUUAAAGCUAGCGGAUUUGUUUUAGUGGAUGGUUGAGUUCUUAGUUGGGAAGUAUUAUAGAAAUGUUAAUUGUAUGAUAUUUUUUAACAUUUUUUUGUAUCAGAAUAUUUAUUUCAUUUUAGUUGUUCUUUAGCCAACAGGUGAUAGUUUUUGACCAAGCAUCUGUAAAUUCUAAAUUCCUUUCGAAUGCCGCGUAAAUCAACAGCAAUUAACCAACCAGAGGAAAGCUGUAGCAUGAACAAAUCAAAGUUAAUUAUGCAGCAUUGGUGUAAGGCGGUACCUUUAGCAUCUUUUAAAUUCUCUUUUUUUACUCUUUUUGUUAUUGUCAUCUUUUAUUUUAUUAUUAUUGUUCCUGAUUUUGGGUCCGCUUUAUAUGGCGUAAUGGAACGAUUAAAGAAAUUUGGACAUGUCAGAAACUUGUUUUCCCCACCAAAAUUUUGCGUUGAUAGUGGCGGCUGACAGUUUCAGUUGAGGAGCCUACACGUUUGCGUAGUUUACGGUAUUUUAAUGGCGAAUCUUUGCCAACCAGAUUGGUGACUUUUGUGACAAAUCACAUGCCAUGGGCUCCAUUUGCUAACUGCACAUGCCAUGAUUUGACAAUCUAGAUACUGCUUGCUUGCCUUCAUUUGCUAUCGGAUAUUUCCUGUUUGGCUAUGUCUUCUCUAUUCUCUAAUGAUUUACGCACAAAUGUAGUUU